UUUAUAAAACAUUAAACUGUUUAAGCUGCUUAAGGAAAAUGUUGUAGACACCAUUUUCUACUUGAUUACCGAAACCAUAAAAUAAAAUAAAAAAUAGUUUCAUUUAUUUAAAAAAAAUCACACAUUGGGUAUCACAACCUUUAGCGCCCUCUGGUGGUAAGGAGGGUAGUGACCAGAGAAGUCAGGUGGAUAGUCAGCUGAUUCCACACAGGAAAGGGAAGUUCGGCAGCAGUGCUGAUAAGUUGUCUUGUUUGUUUUAUCUGAUAAGUGAACAAUUUUUACUUAAAGGAUGUUCAGCGGAGACGACGAAGACGUUGACUUCUUGUCCCCCACGGGAGGAGCCAAGUUGGCCUCCUUGUUUGAACCAGACCAGGAAGCCGGUCGGGGCAACGGCAUGUUUCAGUACACAGCUCCCAAACAGCCUAAAAAGGGUUCCACACCAGCAACAGCCAAUCAAAAUCCAGCUGGACCUGUGCCUGGAACUCCAGCAGUGUUGGUUGCCUCAGCAGUUCAAGCCUUCAAAUAUAUUAAUGGACAAUACAUGAAGCAGGGAAAGCUGGGAGCUGCCGUUGUGGGUAACCACACAGCAAAAGAGUACAAACUUCUUCUGUAUUUGAGCCAGCAGAAACAACUGACUGCUGCAAGAAUCCACAUGGGCUUCAUCUUUACUGUACAGCCUAACAAUUACUGCACUUUUUAUGAUGACCAGAGGCAGAACUGGUCUCUGAUGUUUGAAUCGGACAAAUCGUCGUCAGACUUCUGCAAAGAGGUAUGCUUAGCAAAAGCCAACAGCGUGGCCUGCUUGGAUUCAGUGGUGAUCCAGGAUCUGUGUCCUGGUGAGGGCAAAGCAGUGGAGACUGGAGACUCUCUGGAGGUGGUGUACACAGGCUGGCUUUUGCAGAACCAGGCCAUUGGACAGAUGUUUGACACCAACCAGAACAAAGACAAGCUGCUGCGACUCAAAAUUGGAGCAGGAAAAGUCAUCAAAGGAUGGGAGGAAGGGAUGCUUGGCUUGAAGAAGGCAGGCCGCCGUCUUAUCGUGAUCCCACCAAGUCUGGCUUACGGUUCCAAAGGAGUGCCUAACCGAGUCCCCCCCAACAGCACGCUGAUCUUUGAAGUAGAGCUUCGGCGGGCCAAGUUUUCCAAAGACAAUCUCUCUGAUGGGUCGAGCAUCAGCUCCAGAGACUCUGCUUCUCCCCUCCCGGCUCACACUGUGGAGAGUUUGGUUCCAGAGCAGCCAGUACCGCCAGCUAAUUCUGCCUUAAGCAGGGAGCUACCACCUCGCCCAAAGUCUAACUCUCUGAGUGAACAACUUGCAAACCCUGAUGCCACCAAAGCCAAGCUAAUUUCUCGCAUGGCAAAGAUGGGGCAGCCCAUGUUGCCAUUCAUGCCAGAAGCUGCUAAUCAGCCUGAAUCCAGUGACUCUGAACUUGAGGACCCUGGUGGAAGCAGAACAAAAAAUUAUCCUGCAGCUCCGUUUCCUUCGAUGCAGCCGUUCACAGCUACUUCUACACCUACACCUGCCCACGUACAUUCUCACCCAGCGCCAGCGUCCGCCUUAGUACCCGUCAUGACUUUGAUGGGCUCUCAGUCCGAGCUGCAGAGCAGUUUCCAAACUGCUGUGACUUCAUCUCAGAUGCCACCAGUCAACCACGUCUACCCAACACAAACUCCUGCAUACGUAGCUCCUGGAGACAUGACUUCCCUUUUGAUGAUUGAGGCCCGCCAGCAAAACACAGAAGUUCGGUUAGCUGUGGGAAAAGUAGCAGAUAAAGUGGAUCAGCUGGCCUCAAAGAUUGAUGAUCUUCAGAGGCAUGGAAGUCAUUUCUCUAAUGCAUCUAUGACGAUGGAGACCACCAUGAUUGUCAAUAAUAUUCAACGAAUUGUUCAGGAAAAUGAAUGUCUAAAAAAGGAAGUCUUUGAGAAAAACUGUCGCAUUGAAGAGCAAAACAAUAAAAUCAGCGAUCUCAUCAACCAAAACCAGAGGUGCCUGGAGCAGAGUCAUCUACUGAUGGAACAGAGGAACGAUUCUCUCAGAACAUCCAGCAAAUACAACCAGACGCAACUUCUGCAGGCUGAGCAGGACAAGCAUGCACUUCCACUGGACUGUAGCUCAUCCCAGGUCCGUUUGACGGAGGAGUUGGCUUCCUCCAUGGCAAAGGUGUCUCAGGUGCAGCUUGAAGCUUCAGCGCAUCAGCAGAAGGCUGCAGAGCUGGAAAGUAAAUUAAACGUAGCCCUCCAAGAGGGGGAGAACAGCCGCCAGCUGCUCGCUGCUCAGGAAUCACAACUGGAAGAGCUCAAGGAGAUUGCAGAGAAGGCCAAAAAUCAGUAUCGCUCAGAGAAGCAAAAGUGCAAAGAGAUGGAGCUGAAAAUCACCAGUUUGGAGAAAGAGCUGCUGGAUCUGAAAGCUGGUAAAGGAACCGCAGAACAAGCGCUGUCAGAGAGGGAGAAGAAUUGGGAGGCGGAGCGCCAGCGCUUGGAACAGGAAGUGGAGGCGAUCCGGCGCAGCAGCCAGAAGGAAGUGGAUAACCUUCGAGCUCAGCUUCAGGAAGCUCGGGACAGCAGCAACAACAGUCAGCAGCUGCAGGAGCUGGAGGACAAAUGGAGGGGAAAGUACGAACAGAUGUUGGCUUCAGCCAAAGCCCUGCAUCAAAAGGAGGUGGCAGAGUUGAGGGACGAAACGGAAACGCUGCGGGAUGAGUUAAAGCGAUCACAGGAACAGUGUUUGGUCCUCAAACAGCAGAAAGAUUCAGAAGAUCAGACUUCACUGCAGCAGAGCAGCCAUAACAAAGAACUGCAGGAACUUCAGGAAAAAUACACCGACCUGCAGCGACAGGAAGUAGCCGUCAAAGAGAGGCUGGAAAGACGAGUGGCCGAACUGGAGAGGAGGCUAGUGGAGCAGGGGGGCUCGGCAGACUCUACAGCAGAGGUGAAACGUGUGAUGAAUGGAGUAUUUCAUUCCCUGAGGGCAGAGUUCGACCUCCAAGAAUCGUACAGUGGCAAGGUGGUGCUGGGAAUUAUUGUUACGACCAUUAAGAAUGUAACUCUGCAGCUGCUUGAGGGCGCAGAUCGCAAAUCCAGUCGCCAGAAAGAGGAAGUGAAUGAAGAAGAAAGUGAGGAUGUGGAAGACGGACAAAUAAAACACAAGAAAGUGUCUGCAAAUGGACAAAGAGAUGUCAAAGAGAGAGAAACAGUAGAAACGGGGAAUGCAGUUGAGCUAAAGUCUGAAAAAGUCAGUGAGUCUGAAGGUAUUCAGGAAGCUAACACCACACAGAACCAGACAGAAGUGUCGCCUGAUUUUCAUGCAAGCACUAAGGUAGAACCAGCAGAACUAGAGGUGGCAGCGGAGUCCAACGAGGAGCCGGAGCAGCACUCUGCUGCUGACUCCAGCAAGGAACCAGAGGAGCCGCAUGACAAGCCUGAAGAGGCUCCACCGGUUGAGGAGCUGGAAAACAAUUCUUUAGCUGGAGUUGAGGCAGAAAGUCCAGGAGAAACAAAGACUUCUCAGAGAACUUUUGAACCUCCAGUCAACCCUCCUCCACCACCAGCUGCUCUCCAGAACAGCUCCACAGACCACACUGAUGUUGCUGAGGGAGUCCGUGAACACGAUGAAGAACAGGAACUUAAACCAGACACAACUUCUGUCAAACCCACGGCUGAAGACGAGGAGGAGGAGGAAAUGAGCUUGAAAGGAUGUCCUCCACCUGCUCCCUUGUUUGGAGACGAAGAAGAUGAUGAUCUUGACUGGCUAAAUUGACGAAAAGAGAGUAUAUGUUUGAUUUUAUCUUCUUUUUUACAGAAAAAGGCUUGAAUCCAGUUUGCCUUUAAGGUCAGGUGAUGAGGAGGAUGAGGCCAGUUCAGAUGAAGGACUGGCAGUGGUUCCAUCAUUCAGCCACAUCAGACAAUAAAAGGCAGGAUUUACAUAAUUAAAUACCUUUACUUACAAUUUGAUUGAAUGUUAAGAGUUGAUCUCAAAUUAAAUUUGGAGUUUUAAGAUUCCAUACUUUUGUAAAUGGAUCUGUAGCAGGUUGUUCAAUCAUCAGGAAUAAUGUUGCCUUCAAAUCAGACAUUUUUAGAAAAGACGUGUUCACGUUUCCAACAUGAAUCAUUUUCAAAAUAAUUUAAAAAUGUGUCUGUAUAAGUGUAGAAACUGUUUUUGUUUUCUUAUUUCUAAAACUUUACUACUUGUGAUAAGCAUCUUCCUCUGACUUAUCAUUAAAAUAUUUUAAUUAAAAGUA